CUUCAAUCCGCUAAACCGAUCUGCAUCAGUAGCUUAGCUCUACUCCGCGGCGCUUUGGGGGCGACAUACUUAGAAGGGCAAACAGUGGUACUGAGCCGUUUUUCCGUGGCCCGAAGCAGAAAUCCCACGGCAACGAACAGGCAAAUGGCGCAUCAGGUACUGAUUGUUGAUUCAUGCUCGGGUCGGAAACCCGAUACCAUUGUCGUUUCUGUGCCUGUCUUCAACCAUGGACUGGGUUCGGAGCAUGGUAAGGGCGGCUAAGUGGUUCCGGGUUUUGUACAAAUACAAGGAUGUUCUCUCCUGCUUAAACUGUUGCUGCAACGCAAGAUCUCCUUCAAUUUCUAAGUAACUUACUCAGAUUCACUCAAGAUCACAUUUAAAUCUACCCUUUACGUCACAGUAUAGCACAAUGCAGUUAACUUGGCAACAGCCCCAGAACUACCGCAACCGCCCGGUUGUUGUUCUCGGCGCAGGUGUUCUCGGACGCCGGAUAGGUUGCAUCUGGGCCUCAGCCGGCUACGAAGUCCGCAUCCGAGACCCAAGCCCCCAACAACGCGCCGACGGUCUAGCCUACAUCCAAGAAAACGUCCACUCAUACGCAAUGAAGACCGGCCAAACGCCCGGCAAAUUUUCCGCCCAUCAGGACUUGAAAGAAGCGGUCUCAGAUGCUUGGCUGAUCAUCGAAGCCGUGCCGGAGAAGCUCGAUCUCAAGGUCGCCACGUUCGCUGAGCUAGAAGCCACCGCACCGGAAGACUGCAUUCUCGCAUCGAAUUCGUCCUCGUAUAAAUCGUCGGAGAUGAUCGAGAGGGUGUCGGACGCGACAAAGGCCCGCAUCCUUAAUAUGCAUUAUUAUAUGCCUCCGGGUUGUAUGAUUGUUGAGCUUAUGACGGAUGGGUAUACGGAUGAGGGUGUCUUCCCCUUUAUGGUUGAAAGGUCGAGAGAGGCGGCAACGUUGCCUUAUGUUGCCAGGAAGCAGUCGACUGGUUUUAUCUUUAAUCGGCUCUGGGCUGCUGUUAAAAGGGAGGUUUUGACGAUCCUUGCUGAGGGGGUUUCGGUUCCAGAGGAGAUUGAUUCUAUGUGGGUUGAGAUGUUUAUUAAGCCGCGGAAUCUGCCGUGCAGGACUAUGGAUCAGGUCGGUUUGGAUACGGUUGCCUUUAUUGAGAGUCAUUAUGUUCAGGAGCGUGGGCUCCCAUCGGAGAAGACUGUCGACUACUUGAAGAAGUACUACCUGGAUGAUGGAAAGCUGGGCAAUAAGUCUCCCAAGGGUGGACUUUAUGUUCCGGCGGAAGAGAAGUCUACUGCCAAUGAGGACUCGACAGGUCCAAAGAUUCUAGUUCUGGACAUUGGACUCUCAGCCGCCAACCCUACCAAUACAUCUGGUGAAAUCCUAGAAUUAUCAUCGGAUGGCAAAGUCCAACGGGUCCUUGCGCCAAACCAGUCUCUGCCCGACGGGAUCGCUGUGGAUUCUAGCACCGGCCGGAUGUUCUGGACUUGUAUGGGCGUGCCCGGAAAAGAUGACGGAGCCAUUUACUCUGCAAACUUGGAUGGUAGUGGCAUCCAAACUGUUGUCCCUCAAGGCAAGAUCAACACCCCGAAGCAGCUGGCGAUUGACGCCGAGGCAGCGAAGGUCUACUUCUGUGACCGUGAAGGAUGUCAGGUCUGGCGCUGUAACUUCGACGGCUCCGAUCUUGAGGCAAUCAUCGACCGAGGGGACUCAAAGGGUGCUCAAGAAAAAUCAGUUCUUGACUGGUGCGUUGGCGUUACAGUUGCCCCAAGUCUGGGCAAGUUCUUCUGGACACAGAAAGGCCCUUCGAAGGGUGGCAAGGGUCGCAUCUUCUGUGCCAAUAUCAGAACCCCUGAGGGACAGACUGGUACCUCUAGGAACGAUAUUCAGUUGGUUCUAGGCGACCUUCCGGAGCCAAUUGAUCUUGAGAUAGACGAACAGUCUAACACGCUCUACUGGACGGACCGUGGUGAGGUUCCAUUUGGUAACGCGUUGUACAAAGCACAACUGAACGAGUCUGGUCUUCCAGUACCGCUCGCAUCCAAUAAAAAGUAUGAAUGCUUGACAAAGCACCUGAAGGAAGCGAUUGGCUUGAAGCUGGAUCUCGACAAUGGUCAUAUCUAUCUUACUGACCUUGGAGGCAACGUUUAUCGUUGCAAUUUAGAUGGCAGUCAGAAGAAGAAGAUCCACUCCAACGACUACCGUGCUUUUACUGGGAUUGCCCUUCUGUGA